AUGCUAAGAUUUUACGAAAAUGAGUCAGUUACGGAAAAAUAUAAAAAGUUUCGGCCUCACUACCCGGCCCAGCUUGCCGCAGAAACUUUGGUGGAAUUGAACGGAAAGAAAUUGGAUUUUCUGCUCGAUGUUGGUUGUGGGGGCGGGCAAUCAGUGAAUAUAUUUGCCCCUUAUUUUAAUCAAGUUCUAGCCAUCGAUCCGAGCGAGAAUCAGCUCAAAGAAGCGAGAUCCCAAAACCAGUUUGCUCACGUGACUUAUAAACAAGGAAAUGCUGAGAAAUUACCACGCGAUGACGUCAGUGUUGACGUCAUCACAGUGGGAACUGCUGUACACUGGUUCGAUCGACCGAAGUUUUAUGAAGAAGCCAACCGUGUCCCGGCGGUCGCUUGA